AUGGCGACUUCCUUCCACAGGGCUUCUAGCUUCUCCACCGGUUCGCCAUCGCCAUGCAGCAUGGCGUGCCGACCCUGGAGCGGCAACGCCCAGCCUCGCUCUCCACCCAGCGUCACCUUGGUGCGGUGGACGCCGCCGCGGUUCGGCUGGACGAAGCUCAACUUCGACGGCUCAGUGCUACACGACGGCAGCGGGCGUGCCAGCAUCGGCGGCGUCAUCCGCGACGCCAACCGGCGCGUCGUCCUCUCCUUCGCCGAGCGGACGGAGCACGCGCCGAUCGGCAUCGUCGAGGCCCGGGCGCUGAUCCGUGGCCUGAAGCUCGCCCUGGACUACGGAUGCGACCGGUUAGUCGUCGAGGGCGACGACCUGACGCUGGUAAAGCUGCUGCGCUGCGAGUCGACGCAGACGCGCAUCCCGCGCGAGAUGCUGGACGAGAUCAUCUGGCUGCUGGACUCCUUCGACGUCUGCGAGGUGCAGCACAACUUCCGCGAGCACUACAAGAAAACUAGCCCAUAG